CUGAGCUCCCAGCCCGCGGCCUUCUCCCUCCGCCGACCACAGCGGGGUCACCGCAGCGGCUUUCCACAGAUGCUUCUCAUUAUCACCGCCGCGGGCGCUUCGGUCGCCCUCUUCGCGGGCCCGACCGUUCCGGUCUCGGCCGGCGCCGCCUCGCGGCCGGCGGUGCGCAUGAUGUCGGACGCCGGCUUCACCAGCAAGAAGGAGCUUCUCCUGGACGAGGAGAUUGACCGCAGCGGCGUCGAGGCCGACAUCGAGGAGAAGGUGCUCGACUCCUCCAAGCUCUCCGUGCUGGAUGCGGUGCAGUGGUCGCCGUCGGCGCGCGGCGAGCCGGGAAAGACGCCGCGCGAUCUCGCGUACGGCCCGCUCGACCUGUACGCCACGGACCUGUACGAGGUGAAGCGGCGGGAGACGCGGACCGUUGAGUGCGGCCCGAUCAAGUUUGGCUCGGAGCACCCGCUCGUGCGGCAGACGAUGGCGACGACGCUCACGUCGGACGUCGAGGGCACCAUCGAGCAGGUGAUCAAGUGCGCCGACGAGGGCUUCGACCUUGUGCGGGUGACUGUGGUGGGGAUGAAGGACGCGAAGGCGUGCAUGGCGAUCCGCAAGGGGCUCGACGAGCGCGGGUACGACAUCCCGCUCUGCGCCGACAUGCACUUCGCGCCCAAGGUAGCGCUCGCCGUCGCGGACGCCGUCGAGAAGAUCCGCAUCAACCCGGGCAACUUUGUGGACGGGCGGAAGACGUUUGAGGAGACG